CAGUGUUCACAAGUUUAGCCUUAAUGUCUUACUUUUGUCUAGGUGAGGUAUAUGGAGUUUUUUAUUUAUAUCAGACUCUAAUAUAAUUUUAUCAUAUAAAGAUAUAAGUUAAUUGAAUAAUGUGGUAAAAUGCAUGUGCCUUGGGGCAUUUGGAAAAUAUGCAGAUAGUAAAAUUACAUAAUGCUAAUGCAUUUCUCAGUAAACAAAUAUGCGAUGUUUAAGUGAUUAAAUACCUGUGAAAAAGUGGAAGUGGAAAUGAACAGUGGGAAAAAAAGAACUGGUUUUAAAUAGAAUGGUUGUAACAUCACUGAAGACUUUACUUAGCUCUCUGGGUUGGUUGAACAAAUAUUCCAGCAAAUCUGGAAUGAAUAGCAACUGUUUACGAUGACAGGCUUUAUUUGUCUUGGGCACAACCAAGACCACAUGCUGUGUUUUGUCAUGUUGGAAAUACUGAAGCAGAUUUCCAUUGUGAAUGUGAAUUUUUUUUUUAAGUCUUAACACCUCAGUCUCAACUCAGCUAGGUAAAAGUAAUAAAUUUUCCUUUCCUUACCAGGCAGAUAUCAAUAAAUCUUAAAUCCUUCCACCAAAAACAUAGCUGCAGUUCAGUGUCCCGGGAGUAAGAUGCUCUGGUUUCAAGGAAAUAGUAUGCAACUUGCCAAAUACUGCUUUCGACCCUUCCUGAGAAAUCUCUCUGCCUCUAAAACUGUUCUGCCUGUGCUGACCUUAUUCACAAAGGAUCCCUGUCCCCUUUGUGAUGAAGCGAAGGAAGUUCUGGAGCCUUAUAAAAACAGGUUUGUUUUACAGGAGGUGGACAUCACCCUGCCAGAAAACUCCACUUGGUAUGAGAGGUAUAAAUUUGACAUCCCUGUCUUUCAUUUGAAUGGCAAGUUUCUGAUGAUGCAUCGAGUAAACAUCUCAAAACUUGAAAAACAGCUCCGGAAGCUUGAGCAGCAAGGUACUGGAGGCUUAUGAGAGCCCACGUGAGUUUCCACCCUCGCUGUCCAGCAGGCAUCUUCCUGAGGAAAUGGCCAUGGCCUCGUACUGCUUUUGUCACUGUCACACAGCCCUAACGACGUUCUGAACUUAGUGGUGCUGAUAAAUGUUGGCAUUCCUCUUCUGAUUGAUGUCAGUACCAGUGUGGGAACUAUUUACCUUCUGACAUUUUAUAAAAUAAGAGGAGUAUAUUGGCAGGGAGGGGAUGGUGGAAGGCAGGAGAAACCCAUUUGUUUUAUUUAUUUUUCUCCUUUGUGUUAAUAUGGAAACAUUUCACAUUCAUUGGACAGUGUCGUUUAUAGGAGGCUCUGCAUCCCUGCUGCUGCCCUAAGGGCUUCACGUUUUAAUGAAAGAAUAAACGCUCUUCCUCUCAGUAGAUAAAGUGAAAUGUGAAUUGUUAAUAACUGUGCACAGUCAAUAAAAGGAUAUUUUAACAAAUA